AUGGACCACUAUGAUAAACAGGUUGGCUUCAGCUUUCGCAAAAAAACACAUCCUUGUGAGCUGUACUGCCGACCCAUAGACGGCCAGUUUUCUGAGAAAAUGCUGGAUGCUGUCAUUGAUGGUACCCCUUGCUUCGAAGGAGGAAACAGCAGAAAUGUCUGUAUUAAUGGCAUAUGUAAGAUGGUCGGCUGUGACUAUGAGAUUGAUUCCAACGCCACAGAGGACCGCUGUGGCGUGUGCCUUGGAGACGGCUCUGCCUGCCAGACAGUGAGGAAGAUGUUUAAACAGAAAGAAGGAUCUGGUUACGUUGACAUCGCGCUCAUUCCAAAAGGAUCAAGGGACAUAAGGGUAAUGGAAAUUGAGGGAGCUGGAAACUUCCUGGCCAUCAGGAGUGAAGACCCUGAAAAAUAUUAUCUCAACGGAGGAUUUAUUAUCCAAUGGAAUGGGAACUAUAAGCUGGCAGGGACUGUCUUUCAGUAUGACAGGAAAGGAGACCUGGAGAAACUGAUGGCUACAGGUCCCACCAAUGAGUCGGUGUGGAUCCAGCUUCUAUUCCAGGUGACUAACCCUGGCAUCAAGUAUGAGUACACAAUCCGGAAAGACGGCCUUGACAAUGAUGUGGAGCAGCUGAUGUACUUCUGGCAGUACGGCCGCUGGACAGAGUGCAGUGUAACAUGUGGGACAGGUAUCCGCCGCCAGACUGCCCACUGCAUGAAGAAGGGCCACGGGAUGGUGAAAGCUACAUUCUGUGACCCAGAAACACAGCCUAAUGGGAGACAGAAGAAGUGCCAUGGAAAGGAUUGUCCACCCAGGUGGUGGACAGGGGAGUGGGAAGCGUGUUCAGCGACAUGUGGGCCCCACGGGGAGAAGAAGCGAACAGUGCUGUGUAUCCAGACCAUGGGCUCUGAUGAGCAGGCCCUCCUGGCUACAGACUGCCAGCACCUGCUGAAGCCCAAGACCCUCAUUUCCUGUAACAGAGACAUCCUGUGUCCAUCAGACUGGACAGUGGGCAACUGGAGUGAGUGUUCUGUUUCCUGUGGUGGUGGAGUGCGGACUCGCAGUGUCAUGUGUGCCAAGAACCAUAAUGAACCUUGUGAUGUGACAAAGAAACCCAACAGCCGAGCUCUAUGUGGCCUCCAGCAAUGCCCUUCUAGCCGGAGAGUCCUGAAACCCAACAAAGGCACAAUUUCCAAUAGGAAAACUCUACCAACAUCUGAGCAAGAUCCCUUAAAGCCCAUCCAUCCACCUACAUCCAGGCCCAGAACACUGACCACACCCACAGUGCCCAAGUCUGUGAGCACAAGUACUCUAGCAGGCAGCAGCUCUAAUCCUACCACAGCCUCCAAUCAAGGACACCCGGAUGGGAAACCAUGGCAAAAUACUUCAACCCAAACUGAACCGGACUCCCAUUAUUUCAUUUCCACCGGAAGCACUUCUCAGCCCAUUCUCACUUCCUGGUCUUUAAGUAACCAGCCAAAUGAUGAAAAUGUUUCCAGUUUAGAUACUGGUCCUACCUCAGGGGGAGAACUUUUAGCUACAACAAUAAGUGUUUCUGACUUGUCAUCUUCUAGCAACCCUGUGACUUGGCAAGUGACUUCAUUUUAUAAUACGUUGACCGAAGAUCCCGUAAUGGAAAUUCAUAGUGGCUCAGGGGAAGACAGUGAACAGCCUGAGAACAAAGAUAAAAACAACCCUGUAAUAUGGACCAAUAUCAAAGAGCCUGGAAAUGAUGUGCCAGUGGAAAGAAGUACGGAAAUGCCACUUAGACCCCUACCAACACCUUAUCUUGGGGGAGAGUUCUUGAGGCCACCCUUCAGCACAGUAUUAGAAGGACUGCUACCCAGCCAAAGGCCUAGUAUGCUCAAAAAUGUGACACUCAGAGGUGAGGAGAUGGUUACUGAAAAGCCAGCUAACACUCCACUCCCUCUGGGAGGAGACCACCAGGCAGCACCCUCAGAAAAAUCACUAAACCAUAACCACUCAGAACCUCCAAACAUGAAUCUAACGCAAAGUUCUGGACCAGUCCUGACUGAGGAAGAUGCAACAAGUCUGAUUGCUGAGGGGUUUUUACUGAAUGCCUCCAAUUACAAGCAGCUCAGGAAGGACCACAGCCCUGCAUACUGGAUUGUUGGAAACUGGAGUGAGUGCUCCACCACGUGUGGCCUGGGGGCCUACUGGAGAAGCGUGGAGUGCAGCACCCAGGUCGAUGCCGACUGUGCGGCCAUUCAGAGGCCUGACCCUGCCAAGAGAUGCCACCUGCGCCCGUGUGCUGGCUGGAAAGUGGGGAACUGGAGCAAGUGCUCCAGAAACUGCAGCGGCGGCUUCAAGAUCCGGGAGAUUCAGUGCAUGGACAGCCAGGACCACCGGGGCCUGAGGCCAUUUCACUGCCAGUUCCUGGCUGGCAUUCCUCCCCCGCUGAGCAUGAGCUGUAACCCGGAGCCCUGUGAGGAGUGGCAGGUGGAGCCCUGGAGCCAGUGUUCCAGGUCCUGUGGAGGCGGAGUUCAAGAAAGAGGAGUGUCUUGUCCAGGAGGCCUCUGUGACUGGACAAAAAGACCCAUGUCCACUGUGCCCUGCAAUGAGCAACUUUGCUGUCACUGGGCCGCUGGAGACUGGAACCUGUGCACUGCUUCCUGUGGAGGAGGCCUUCAGAAGAGGACUGUCCAUUGUGUCCCCUCAGAGGACAAUAAAACUGAAGACCAAGACCAGUGCUUGUGUAAUCAUGAAUCCAAACCUCCAGAAUUCCAAAAAUGCAACCAGCAGGCCUGCAGGAAGAGUGCUGAUUUACUUUGCACCAAGGACAAGCUGUCAGCCAGUUUCUGCCAGACACUGAAAGCCAUGAAGAAAUGUUCCGUGCCCACUGUGAGGGCUCAGUGUUGCCUCUCGUGUCCACAGACACACAUCGUCCACACACAAAGGCAAAGAAAGCAGCAGUUGCUCAAAAAACGCAAAGCACUCUGAGUCCAGAAGGAAGCCACCCUAUAGCAUAGACCACAGCAGCCUGCUGACCACAACGUGUUUUAGCUCUGAGGGCCACUUCAUUGAGUUUUCACUUUACAUAUUUGAGGUUCAACUUUGAGUCAUAACAAAACAAAAUGCAUGUCUUCCUCCAGCCAUAUGAUGUGCCUCCCAGGAAGCUAGGGACUGUCAUACUUGCUGCUCCCUGAUACGAAGAUGAAGUAUCCAAUAGAAUCAGGCAUCACCUGGGAUCAGCUCCUGGGAAAGGAGCCAGAUUAGGCAGGUCUGUGAAAUGAUGUAUUUUUUUCCUCGCCUUAAAGCAAAAUCAGAGACCAGAUUUUCCCAGACUACCUCAAGAGUAUCAGGAAAGAGAGUCACACUUACCCAGGGAACAAAUAAUCUUAUUAAUUUUCAUUGGUGAUAAAUCAAGGUAACUUACCUUGAUGAUUUUCCUUUUUUUGUUUUUUUCCUCCCUGCCUGGGGCAGCUGCUAUUUAAAAUGUCAUGGGGAAGCUUUUAGGAACAUUUUUUAAUUCAUUCAGGCAGAGGACCACUUUCUUCACCCAGUAUUCAACUAGGGCAGGAAGAGAACAUGCUGGUUACAUCUCUCAGGCUAUCCCUCAAUCCUGUCCAAGUAGGACUCCACUUCUGGGCUUUUAGAGUCCUCUGCUGACCUUGAGACAUUAGGCUAAGAGGAAACAGCAUAAGAAACAUAGCCUAGGGGAUUUAAAUGAGUUACACAAAAAACACUUCUGACUUGAGGAUAGUUUCCAUGAAAACUCUGACAAAGCAAAUGAACAGAAAUGAAUUUCUUGCUAGUAUAAGAAAGGAGCUGUGAGCCUUUACCUACUUUCCUGGAGACACCCACGCCUCCAUGGGAGGACGAAUGAGUCUUCUUGUCUGAACUUCUCCCUCCAGCACAGCCUCACAAGCUCAGGCCCCACCUUUAUCUUGCCACAGGGGUUUGUACACAAAGACUGGCACAGCCACCCCAUGGCUGCUACCUGCCCUCACCUCCCCGUGGUUGGAAAACAGAGCUCUAGAUUAAAAUAUUUCAAAGAAUCAGGUAAAUUGUACUAAAUUAAGAACUUAGUACAAACUUCCAAUCUAGAGGGAAAAACUUCUAAAAAGUGAGGUAAAGAUGAUCUCCUCAGUGUGCCCAGUAGUUACUUUUUAAAGGUCUUUUACUUUGAGGGAAACAGAUGAGUCCAAAAACCUGAAAUGAAAGUUAGAACCCUUACUCUGGAUGUUCCUUCCACCCAUCAGCGUCAAAGUAGGCUAUGGUCUCAAAUUUAGAGCAAAUUUCCAGGUGAACUGAUUUCUAAGGAGAGGUACUUAGAUGAACUGAACCCGGAGAAAGAGAAUAGGUGGCUGGAAGGGUAUAAGCCUCCAGGAGAAGACUCAGAACCAGUUCUUGACAGGGGGGAAGGCAGGGAGGUGGCCUUCAUGUAACAGGCAGCAUGUUUUCAGACUCAUGCACAGAUACACUUAAUAUGCAUCGUGGAACACAAUGUCCCAUAGCUCACUUUAAUUAUGUAUCCAUUCAGCAGAAUGGUGCUAUUGAAAAAUGGUGCUAAUAUCUAGAUUGUGGCAGAACUAAUAUAAAUAGAUAGGCAAACAAAUGGAUAAGUGUAUGUAAAACUCUGCAUAUACAUCUUCUGUUAAAUGUGUAAUGGCGUUGCUGGCCAAUGCCAGUUCUAUUGCUUGAAUAUCAUGAACUUAAAAUUUUAUAUUAUGUGCUUUUUAUUUUCUUUUCAAGCCACUAAUGUGUAUCACUCUGAUAAAUUCCUGUGGAAAAUAAAACACUAGGGUUGGGAUGAAAUUCAAGAUAGACCAGAAACAGAAGGAAAGUAGAAAUGUGUACCUAGAGCCAGGGAAUUUAUUUCUAGAUAUUAAUUGUAUUCUUGUAUACUCUGUCUUUAAAUAUAAACGUUGCUGGCCAGUGACAAUCUAUGGUGAAAUAACAGUUUUAGAGAGUAAAAGACACUUAAAUUGUGAGUGAUAUGAGCUAAUGAGGCAAUUCAUAUGACUGUCCCUGAAACAUGGUGUAGGCAUUCAGAAGUAUUGAUUUAGUAAGCCAGAUUGAUUUAACUUAACCUGGUACUGUACUAGCAUAGGAUCAAACACAUGUCAUCAAGACCUGGGUAUGACCAGGCUUACAAAACUCAGGAACAAACCCGGACUCCUACUGACCUCAACAAACUAAACUAAGCCAGAUUUCCCAAUAUACAAAAUGGACCGUGUCAUUUAUGACCCAUGUGGUGGAGAAAAUGGUAGACAUGCGGGGACGGUCUGGCCAGGUGCUCAUUCAAAGGCUUUCUCCAGUUUCGCAAGGGCAGAAGAUUGGCUCCUGAUCGUGUGUCAUGGACAUUUGCUUCCUGUGUUGAGGUUGUGUUGUGAGACAGUUGUGUGGCAUCCAUCAUUCUGGACUCCAGAAUAAAGAUAGUGCUUGCUGUAGGAAUCAUGUGUCAUGUUGGUUGUUGCCUUGACAAUCACUGAGCUAUGGAUUGUUAGUGUUUUGACAGGUCCUGGUGCUUACAAUACAAGAGGGGCCUCAGAUCAACAAAGAACCUGGAUGGUGUCUUCAUUUCUUUGAUGCCCACAAGAGCCAACAUGAUACAGAAUCAUUGGUUUACUUCACUCAGGUCCUCCUUUCUUUCCACCUUGAACCAGCACAUGAGAAGUGUAGCAAAAGACACUGGAUACCCAUCUACCAUGAACCAGACAGAGCCACCACAGGGCCUGGUGCUUAAAUACAUUAAGGUUCUAAAACCCAGUUUGGUUUACUUUGCCUUUCACAGUGGUUGAGUUAGCUCUUCUCUGAGAAGUUGAGGGUUAAUUUGAUUCUUGAACAUCAAAACAUAAUUAAACCCAUCAUGAGAGAACAAUAUUCCAAGAAACUUAAUAGUGAAUACUUUGUAAAAUAAGGAAAUUGUUUCAUGGUACAAAGAAUCGCCUCCUUUUGUAAGAAUGCUUUGUUUUUGAUGGUUUUCUUAAAUAAGAGCACACUUCUGUCCAAUCUCCUAAGACAACCAAGUCUCCAACAGCAUCCCAGUGUAAUGCUUUCAGAUAGCCAGUGAAUGUUUUUGAUAACCUUCAUCUAGUAUCUGAAACACAAUGUAAGGGAUUAUAUUGUUUCAGACCACGACUUUCCAUUCAAUUGACUAAAAUCCUCCAAAUUCUGAAAGCUACACAUCACUACCCCAGAGAUUUCAGGUCUUAGCUCUUCUCCCUUCUGACUUUAAGAUGAAGUCCUGGGAUGGUGUAUCUGGUGCUGAGUCUACAGUGAUUCACUUUCCAGAGAGAGAGCACAUGACAUGAAUUUCCUGGUGCUACAACCUAGACAGCAUAUUCAAUGUUUUUCUCCUGGUGUCUGUAUUGCUAAUUAAAGUAUUAUUGUUAUUAUUAUUAGUAGUAGUAUUUUAUGUCAUUAAAAAAAAUAUGGUGGGAGAAUCACCACAUGACCUAUCGUUGCCUUCCAAAGUGGUUGUACAAUGUACAUGGCCCAACUCAUUGCACCCCCCCACCUAUGUGCUGCUUUGCCAGACCCCCUUCCUCAGCCUCCUUAAGCGGUACUUUGGAAGGUACCUCUGUACUUUAAACCAGACUGUAAUCAUAACCUGCUUUUGUAUGGCAUCAAUAAAUGGCAAAAUUCA